AUGCCCACCAAACCCAGAAGCCAUCGGUCUCUCCGGAAACAUGUCACCACGGCAUGCAUCCCUUGUCGAGAUGGGAAAGUCAAGUGUGGCGGCGGUACCCCAACCUGUAGGAACUGCGCAAUCCGAGGCAAAACUUGUCGCUACCGGCAAGGUGACGAUAAACGAAAAGUCCCUGUCCGCCAGGCCGUGGCUUUGCUCGCACGGAGGGUCGACAGCCUGGUGCACUACAUCAGAGGCUGUGAGCUCCCAGUUCCCACCAUGGGUGAGGAGGACCAUCGCAUCCUGAAGAACGUACUCGAUGCAUUGGAACUGCAAUGUGAAGACGUGUCGUAUUCGGAGAAAUCCACCAGUAUCGAAGGAAACCCCAAGCUUCCCAAUAGCACCAUCGUGCCAACAACUCCCAUCUCAUUGAACAGCGGCGCCCAUAACUCCCAUCCUUCAGAGGGUGAAUCACUUGGGGAGACUGCGCCCAACUCCGUGCAUCCACCAGAGCAAUCGAGACCUACAUGGGAAGACACCGUCGCCCAGGAGAUUCCCGGCGAUGGGGACUGGGAUAGCGACGACGAAGUCACCGAUCAGCUCUCCUGCCGACUCGGGCGGCUGCAAGUCACCCACGAUGGUCAACUCCGAUACUUUGGAUCCACCUCGAAUCUGACGCUGCUGGAUGCUCUGGUGGAUGUCACGCCGCCCGUGACCAUUGCCCGCGACGCCCCUGAGCUGCUGGAGAGUGCUCAGCUCGACCAUGAUAUCGAUGAGGGGUUCGAAAGACAUCUCUUAGAGCUCUUCUUCACGUGGCAGGAUCCCAGUUUGCAUAUCAUCGACGCAGAGAGCUUUUGGCGGGCUCGAGCGCAGAGUCAAGACGAGAGUCUCGCCACGCCCUACUACUCCCGGGCCCUGUCGGACGCCAUGUGUGCCUUGGGCGCGGCUUAUGAGCCUAAAUAUCAUCCCGACUUUGUGACCUUUCCUCGGUCGUUGGCUGAAUAUUUCGGCGAUCGGGCGAAGAUUCUCGUCGAACUCGAACUGGACACCCCGUCGAUAGCUACAAUCCAAGCCCUGGUCUUACUCAGCACUCAUGAGGCAUCCUGUACUCGGGAUACCCGUGGCUGGCUGUACAGCGAAGGUAUGGCAAUGCGACUCACCCUGGACCUCGGUCUUCACCUGGAAAUGGCUCCAUACGUGGAAAAGGGUAUCAUCCCGCACCAGGACGCCGAGGUACGCCGCAUGGUGUUUUGGGGAGUGUAUCUUAACGAACAAUUCUGGGGCUUUUACCUGGGCCGCUCUGCUCAAAGCCGCAUGGACAUCGUCACCGUGCAAAAGCCAGCUGCAAGGACAUUAUCCUUAACGUGCUGGAAGCCAUAUCCUGCCGUUGGUGCCACGUUGGCCCAUAUUCCAUUCAGUUUACUGUGUCGCGAAUGGCUCUCACUUUACGAAAUCAUGCUCCCUCUUACGGAUGUCUUAUACGGUUGUUCUGAGAUCUCGGUCCACGUCCUGCAGGAGCUUGCCGUAGUAACUGUGAAUAAACUCGGACAAUGGCGGAUAGACCUUCCAGAGGAGUUAACAGCCGAUGAAGUUUCCAGUCUCACUACUCCACUCCCACAUGUCCUCACUCUUCACAUGCAAUACCACCAAUUCAUGAUACACUGCCACAAGCCCUACAUCUCCCGACGAUACAUCCAGCCCCAACCCCCUCAAGGCCCCGGGUCCGGCCACGCUCGCAAAAUGUGCAUCGACUCCGCCGUUGCCAUAGUCCAGCUUCUAUUGCGGUACGAGCGAGCUUACGGCUUCGAAAAGUCCAACAUCCAAAUGGUCUCGUUCGUAUUCUCGGCUGCCUUGAUCCUCAUAUUCAACACUGUUCCCACGAAACCCAUGUCUUCGGACCAGCAAUUGGUCACCCAUCUGAGUACAUGCUUCCGCGCCCUCGACAAGAUGGCCAGCUGUUUCGAGAAUGCUAGACGCACGAGUGUUUUCCUGGGGAUUUUAAGACGCCAAUGGCAAGUGCGUAGACGGAGUCGCCGGGCACCGGGUGACCCGGGCCGGGAGAAGGGGUUCUCGGAAUCGUCAGGGUGGAGGCGUGAUGAUGCGGCAAUGUCCCCGACCUUUGACCAAGGUACGGUAGGUGGUUUGGGUUCUGGUAUUGAUGACUUGCUAUGGUGCUAUUCUGCACUUGGGGAUGCCCACGCCUCGACAGUUGACUUUAUGGGACCUAAUCUCUGCAAUAUCCUCCUGAGUGAGGGAAUCCCGAGGGCCUUUGUGUGA